GAGGAUUUUUAUUUAAUACAUUUUAGAAUAAAGCUGUCACGUUAAAAAAAUGUGGAAAAAUAAUAUAUAUAGACUUAAUAAAUAUCGACUGAGUAUAUGUAUUCAUUAUGUCUCCUCAACUUCUAAAACCAAAGUUGCGCCUCUGGGUUGAAUUGUUGUAAACAUGUAACAAUUACUGACAAGGCAGAAUCGGACGGGAUUAAAAUUACAGAUGUGUUUUGUGCUCGUGGACAUAUUUACAUUACCCGACCUCCCCCAGUAAAACGAAUCUUGUACAAACAGGGAUAUACAUCUACAGAUUAAGUCGAUAUAAAUCCUUCAUUCCCUCUGAAGUUAUGGAAAAAUGUGGAAACUCAUUUUGCUGCGAAAAAGAAAUGUGUGGGCAAAUUCAGGCCUUGUGGGCGGGUUUUGAGAAGUCAUUGUGCUAAAAACUUCUCGACGAUAGCGAGAAGCACUCUACCAAAUGUAAAACCUUGGUUACUUGGAGAUAAUGAGCAAGGGGGAAAGACGAUCAAUGUAAUUGAAUAUGCAACGGCCAUUUUAGAACAGCAUCACUACGGUAUACACAUUUAGCUAUUUCAAUGACACUUGUCAUAAUAUCCUAACACAGAUCAUUAGCAACUUGGUUUUGGAUUAUUUGGGAGUUGGCUACCAACUGGAGAUGAAUUGAACACCAUGGACUGGUCAGACUAAUGAUUUUUUCACACUCACCAUGCCAAAUUGUCAAAAGAAAAUUAUAUUCUCUGUUGCCGGAGUGUUGAGUUUCGGUUGCGUCCUCAUUAUUGCCGCCGCGAUGGGGACGCAGUUUUGGGUCCAGGGGACUGUGUUGUGUACAACCGGGGCGCAACUUGUAAAUGCCACAGGACAAGAGCUGGAUAAAUUUGUCGGUAGGGUUAACUAUGGUCUUUUUCACGGACAGAGAGUGAAGCAAUGUGGACUUGGUGGAAGACCCUUCAGAUUUUCAUUUUUUCCGAACUUGGUGGACGUCAUCCCAGCCAGUCUUCACGUCACUGUGAUCUUCUUCUGCGUAGUGCUCAUCUUCUUCUCCUCUGUGGCCACAGGCUUCUUUAUGUACAAUGCCUUUGGUAGUCCCUACGAGACCCUGCACGGACCCCUGGGACUCUACCUCUGGAACUUUGUCUGCUGCCUCUGCAGCUGCCUGGUGAUGAUUCUGUUUGCCUCCGAGGUGAAGCUCCACCGGCUGUCCGACCACAUCGCCAACUUCAACGAGAGCACGUUUGUGUACAAGACGCUCACAGAGCAAUUUGACCACUCCUUCUGGCUCAUCUUCCUCACCUUCCUCGUCCAUGGCCUUAACAUCCUGCUGAUCCGUGUGGCCGGGAUCCAGUUCCCCUUCCAGGAGGCCAAAGAGUCGGACGUGAACACCGGGGCAUCAGAUCUCAUGUACUGACCAGGGCUUUUGUUUGUUUGUGUGGCCGCUUGCCGGGCCCCCCCCACUAUAGUGACACUGAGCCUCAGCUAUUAGCAUGUCUCAAUGGGAGACUUGGGGCCAUAGCUUUUAUGUGCCCAUGUGCUGUUGAAAGGUCCAAGCAAAUGUGACCCUCCUGAACCGCUUCUUUUCCGAAAUCCAGACAAGCUGUCAGUCCUUCAGACGACAACUGGAGACGUGUCCCUGGCCAUCUCUGUUAGGGAAGCUGUUUUGAAACUUUGAGUGAGUUGGGUCUUGUUUUUCUUUCCGUUGUUAAUUGGUUGUAUUUCGUUAGGUGGUGGGCCAAUUAAAGGCCAGGAUUUCACUCAGCUGUUGAAAAGCAGAGACUUGGUUGGUUCCACUCCAUCGUGUUUUUACGUGCAUUGGCAGUCCUUCCCUUGGCAGUCCAAAGCUUUAUCAAUGAAGGUGGACCGUUCAACAGUGUGUCACGAUUGAUUGACCAGAAUAGGUACCAUGUGUAUUAUGGAUUGACGAUAUCGUAGCCUUUCAAUUUUGCCCCCGAAAUGUAUUGAAAGACCACAGCUGUAUAAAGUAAACCAAGCAGUUUCUUUAGCCCUGAAUAUUGGUUUUUACUUACUCAGAUUUAGAUGUUGCUUCAUUGUUUGAUCAGAUGAUGUAUUCAGAAUCAUGUGAUGUGCCAAUUUUUAUGAUUUUAAUGAUGAUCAUUCCUAAUACAACAUUUAUUUUAUGAAAUGUGUAGAGCUACUUAGAUUUGUUGUAGAUUUAUAUGCUGUUAUUGGUGUAAGUCCGAGGUAUAUGUAUUCUCUGUCGUAGGAAGAACAAUUGUAUAAAUCUCCACCUACAGUAUCUGUGUAAAUGUUCCUUGAAGUAUAGCUAUUUUUGAUUGAUUGAUCAAGUCAUUGUAUUUCACUAUUUAGCAUCUUUCUAAGGCACUGAAUAUUCAAAAACGAAUCAAAUUUGUAAGUACAUUUUAUCAGAACUAUGAGGUUCCAGAUUAUUCUAAAUCAGUUGAGUUUCAGAAAAUGGCAAAUGUCUUAUUUCUUUCCCUUAAUUCCACAAUGUGGCAAUAUCUACAUACACUAUAAAGUACAUCAGUAGACAGACCAAAUCUUAAGUUAAAACUGAAAAGGGAAUUUAACAAAUAGGAGAGUAAAUUUGUACGACAACAUCUACAGGGAAAGCAAAGGGAUGUUUUCUGUGUGUAAUACAAUACAGCACAAACAUGUUGCAUUGAUGCACAUUAAACAUCAUUGACAUACAUGAGCACAUUCAAAGAGCCACUCCCAUCAGUGCCAAACAGUGCAAUAGUGUCCAAACAAGAUUCAAACACCAUUCAAAGUUGUCUUCUAUGGGGGCUGUGGUUACGUGGUCAUGAAUAUGCAACAGGUGCCCAUAAAAACUGCCAGGUUACAUUGGCCUUCUGACAGAAAACCUUCAAAGGCUUCAUUCAACUUGACUCUUCCCCAGCAACAAGCUUCUACAAAUGCAGCACAAAUAGACUGUCAUAGAGCCUUCCUCACCUAGCUGUUUUAAGUCUACAUAGUAGCACUGAGACUCAAGGUAAGUUUUUCUUAUUCUGUAUUCAAUUGAGUACAAGUGUUUCCCAUGUUUAAUUCAUGAAUGCUAAAUUGCAUCUUAAUAGAGCCUAAUCAUCGCAUUGACUUCAUUGCACUUUAAAAUUGAGCUGAAUGAAGUGAAUGUUAUUUUUCGGACUUAGUAUCUAAUGAAAAAUGGGUGUCAGAUUUUUAUUUGAGAUAUUCUGCAUUAAACAACAGAUUCAAUAAUUCAAGUAGUCUAAUGUCAAGAUGAAUCCACGUACCAGCUAUAUGCCCAUUUCCCCUCAACCCGAAAUGAAUGGAAAGAUGAGCAUAAAAAAGUAUGUGGUGCUUAUCUAAUCCAUUCAUUUUGGAUUGUGGGAUGUGAUGACUGGAGCUACUAAACAACCUGGGACGUCGACUUAUCUCAACAGAAGACCACCUUUGAGGUCUGAAAACAUCAGACAAACUUAGAUUUUGGAGUGUAGCCUAGUGGCAUUUUAAUUAUGGUAAUUCAACUAGGUAAGACAAAUAAAAGUGGUUGCAACUCCUCAAGAAAAUUGUUGGAACUAAAACUCAAAACACUUCAACAUUUCAAGUGGAAAUAUAACACUGUACAGGCCCUGGUCAGCUAUCAAAGAUUUCACACUAUCUGACUUGAUGGUUUUCAAAACAAAUUUUUAGUUAUAUAAUUUAGCGCAAUAGCGUUUACUUGUUUUAUUGGGUUACAAAAUAUUCCACAUGUGGUAAGGGACGAGGCACAUCUUGUUAUUUUUCUUGUUGCAUUCACAAGUGCUUUGAAUGCAAUGACACUUCAUCAUACAGGGGUACUCCCACAGAUCAUGUUUAACAAUAAUAUUUCAUUAAGUUCUGCAGGUGCAAAACUCCAGUGACUGGUUCGUUCAUUCAGUAAGAGGGGGUAGUGACAGAGAAGUCAUUUCUGUUUCCUUUUUUAGCCUCACAAGACAUUCUGUAUUUACUUUCUAAUUGGACAGGCUGGUAAGGUGUCUUACCUGAGGGUGGUGGAGGCUUUAGCCAAGCAAACUGCUUUUAAGUCACAAUCAUGGUCUUCACUGUCCUCUGCAGUGGGGAGAAGAUUUGCAGGGUUAAGAAUUGUGCAUCGUUUCAGAGUAACAUGGGACAUUGUCAACAGAAUGUUCUGAUAGUCUAGCAGUCUCGCAGGUGUCAAAUGAGCCGUUCUUGCCUGUGUAAUAAUUGCGUGCACAGCAUGAGGCAUAUGGAUGGUUAGGGGAGACAUAGCCACAAUAUCAGAACAGCAGUCGCUACAGAUCUCAAACAGGAAACCCUUCCCUUGAAUCGUCUAGAAUAAUAACCAAAAGGUCUAUAUCCCACACCAUCAUGUGUCAAAACUGCUGACAUAAACCCACCCGUCUCAGAAACAAACAGAUGAAAAGGUUUUGUAUGGUCUGGCAGGCCCAGGCAAGGGGCGGACAUCAGAGUGUGUUUCAAUUUUACCAAUGCCGUCUCAGUCUCAUCCGUCCAGACCACAAUUUCACUCGCCUCCAUCUUUCUCCCAUAGUUCAAACAUAACAGGAUUGUAUUCAUCUCUGCAUUGUCUUUCAACCAAGGACGGCAGUAACUAGCCACACCCAACAAAGACAUCAUGUGCUGCUUAGUAACAGGUUUAGGCAAAACUUGAAUUGUCUCUAAUCGAUCUUUGGAGAUGGUGCGACCUUCAGAAGUAAUGUCAUGACCUAAAUAAGGCCCAGCAUAACUGCAUUUUACUUGGGGAAACUUUACGACCAUUUUCUGCUAAGAAAAUCAACAAUGCUCAAGUGUCCUCGUGACAUCUCUCCUCUGACUGUGAGCAAACCAACAAAUCCUCAACAUAUUGAACCAAAAUGUUUACAACAGGGGCAACAAAACCCUCUUAGCUUCUGAGCCAUUUCUUGGGCAAAGAUAAAUGGUGAUUCAACAUAAUCCUGGGGCACUACCGUCCAAGACAACGCAAAAAACGCAAACUAGAAUCACUCCUGUGACUCUUCAGCCACAGGGAUACUGAAAAAAUGAUUUGCCAAAUCAAUCAGUGAAAAACAACAACUACCUGGAGUCACCUGGUGUCACACCCUGACCAUAGUUUGCUUUGUAUGUUUCUAUGUUUUGGUUGGUCA